GACCUGAUGGAGGGUGAACUCUAUUCUGCUCUUAAGGAAGAAGAGGCAUCUGAGUCAGUUUCUAGUACCAAUUUCAGUGGUGAAAUGCACUUCUAUGAGCUUGUGGAAGACACAAAAGAUGGCAUCUGGCUUGUUCAGGUCAUAGCAAAUGACAGAAGUCCUUUGGUGGGUAAAAUCCACUGGGAGAAAAUGGUAAAAAAGGUGUCAAGAUUUGGAAUACGAACAGGCACUUUUAACUGUUCUAGUGAUCCCAGGUACUGCAGGAGAAGAGGCUGGGUUCGUUCCACCCUCAUUAUGUCUGUCCCACAGACAAGUACAUCUAAAGGAAAAGUCAUGCUUAAAGAGUAUAGUGGACGCAAGAUUGAAGUAGAACACAUUUUUAAGUGGAUAACUGCCCAUGCAGCUUCUCGAAUCAAAACUAUAUAUAGCGUUGAACAUUUGAGAGAAGAAUGGAAUAAAAGUGAUCAGUACUGGAUAAAAAUAUACCUAUUUGCAAAGCUUGACCAACCACCAGCUUUCUUCUCUGCAUUAAGCAUAAAAUUUACUGGAAGAGUUGAGUUUAUUUUUGUUAAUGUGGAAAAUUGGGACAACAAGAGUUAUAUGACAGAUAUUGGUGUUUAUAACAUGCCAUCAUACAUACUUAGAACUCCUGAAGGAAUUUACAGAUACGGUAACCACACAGGUGAAUUUAUAUCCCUCCAGGCCAUGGAUUCAUUUUUGCGCUCAUUACAACCUGAAGUAAAUGAUCUGUUUGUUUUGAGUUUGGUUCUAGUUAAUCUUAUGGCUUGGAUGGACUUAUUCAUUACACAAGGAGCAACCAUCAAGCGGUUUGUGGUUCUCAUAAGCACUUUAGGGACAUACAAUUCCCUAUUAAUUAUUUCCUGGCUACCUGUGUUGGGCUUUCUACAGCUCCCUUACUUAGAUAGCUUUUAUGAAUAUAGCUUAAGAUUAUUGCGAUACUCUAAUACAACCACACUGGCUUCAUGGGUAAGGGCAGACUGGAUGUUUUACUCUUCACACCCAGCCCUGUUUCUCAGUACGUACCUUGGACAUGGUUUGCUAAUUGAUUACUUUGAGAAGAAGAGACGGCGCAGCAACAAUGAUGAAGUUAAUGCGAAUAAUUUGGAAUGGUUAUCAAGUCUGUGGGACUGGUACACCAGCUACCUCUUCCACCCGAUUGCUUCUCUUCAGAACUUUCCUGUAGACUCUGACUGGGACGAAGACCCUGACUUAUUCUUGGAACGGUUAGCUUUCCCUGACCUUUGGCUUCAUCCUCUGAUACCAACUGAUUAUAUUAAAAACUUACCAAUGUGGCAGUUUAAAUGUCUUGGGGUACAGUCUGAAGAAGAAAUGUCCGAGAGUUCUCAGGACACUGAAAAUGACUCAGAUAGUGACAACAUGGACACUUUUAGUAGUAAGAAUGUAUGUGAAGAUAGACAAAGCAUGGUUCACUGUGAUGCUGGGGCUUGUUCAUGUGCCAAUAAAUAUUGUCAGACCAGCCCGUGUGAAAGGAAGGGGAGGUCAUAUGGAUCACAUAACACUAAUGAAGCUAUGGAACCGGACUGGUUAACUUGGCCUGCUGGUACACUGCACUGUACUGAAUGUGUUGUUUGCCUUGAGAAUUUUGAAAAUGGAUGUUUGCUAAUGGGGUUACCUUGUGGUCAUGUAUUUCAUCAGAAUUGCAUUGUUAUGUGGUUGGCUGGGGGCCGACACUGUUGCCCUGUUUGCCGUUGGCCUUCGUAUAAGAAAAAGCAGCCAUAUGCACAACAGUUGUUGUCAAAUGAUGUCCCAUCAUAACCAUGUGCAAUUUGUCUUUAAUAAGCUUUGAGUAUCUUACAGCUUGCCUUUUUAAUGUUAGUCACAAGUUUUGUGGUUUGAAGUUUAGUUUAAUGUUAGUGCAGUGACAGGAAGUACACAUUAUGCUGAUGUUGAUGGCAGAGUUGAUCUGGUUGCCUGUGUGUCAGUUGAAUGCAUACUAAACUGUAAAAAUUUAUUUCCAGCAUUGGAAAUUCAGAAGUUAAUGUUUUUUGUAAGCACAAAAGAAGUAUAGUAGAAAUUUAUCCUAGGAAGACUUUACAAGGCAGAGUCAAAUCUAGUAGGACUGAGCUGGUUUCUUAUUCUAAAUGUUUUCUCCCUUUUUACAAUCUUUGUCCAGCACCUCUUGGUUAAAUAAUGUAUGCUCUGAGACAUGAAAUUAAAGCAGAUCUAUGAAAUAAAUUAUUUUAAAACCAGAA